GGAUGCUGUUGGAACACCGACUGGCUGGUUAGGCUGCUGUGGCGUAUGCUGUUGAUAUGGUCGCUGCUGCUGCUGCUGCUGAUGUUGAUCCAUCGCCGCGUGUUUUCUAGUCAAAGGAGGUUGCUGAUGAGAAUGAUGGCGUCUGCGAAGGAGUGGAGCUUAAUGUUAAUUAAAGGGCCAAGCAGCAGUAAAAACAAUGGCUGUUGUCCUAAGUGCGACAAAAGUCUACGCGUCGCCAUAUGUGCCAAGUUACCAGUCGCGAGGUCUCUACGUCUUCUUUUUCGUUGUCGUCUUUCAGGAGCCAGACCGGCAGCGGAGUUGAUUGCAGUACAGGCGAGCGAUCGUGAUGUAAUGAAACGCGAGAAGUAAAUGGAU